AUGCCCUCUUCCUCCCCCUCGUUUGUGCCGACGGAGGAGGAGAUGAGGAACUGGGCGGAGCUGCCGCUGGACGCGAUCUCAAGCAUCCUCCGCAAGCUCGACCACGUCGACAUCCUGAUGGGGGCCGGCCAGGUGUGCCGCUCCUGGCGCGGCGCCGCCCGCGACGAGCCCGAGCUCUGGCGCCGCAUCGACAUGCUGGGCCACGCCGACCUCUCCCCCGAGCUCAACCUCCACGGGAUGGCGCAGGGCGUUCUGGGGCGACUAAAGUAUCAUGCGCCUGACGCUCCUGAUCUGGACAAGAGAACCAAAGAGCUCCUGGAGCAGGUUGGGUUCGGUCCAGUGAGCGAGGAACGCGGGCUCGACCAUGGCGCGUGGGUGCCCCUGAUGUUCAUGUACCCGGAGGCAAACAUCCCAGUGUGCCAGCUCUCCAUGCAGACCCACCGCGACGACACCUACCACUACAACCUCGGCAAGGCGCUGGCGCCCCUCAGGGGCGAAGGCGUCCUCGUCUUUGGCUCCGGGAGCACGACACACAACCUCGGCAAGAUGGGGCGUGACGACGAGCCGGUGCGGCAGUGGGCCUCCGACUUCGACACCUGGCUCAGGGACUCACUUCUCGCCGGAAGGUACGACAACGUGAACAACUACGAGGAGAAGAUGCCGCACGCCAAGACGGCGCACCCGUCGCCGGAGCAUUUCUACCCGCCGCACGUCGCGCUCGGCGCCAUCGGGGACAAGCCCAAGGCGGAGCUCAUCCACCAUAGCUGGGCCGAAGCCAACAUGUCAUACGCCUCAUACCAUUUCACCACGAAGGACUAG